GAAAGUCAUUGCUGGAUGAUGACUUUUUUAAUAAAUUGGCACAGGAUGUCAAUAAGGACAAUGAGGAGUCAGAGAUUUCAGAUGCUGAUCCUCAGGCUUUGUUAGAAACUAUGAAGGAUAUUGAUGAUAUGGAUGCUGAUCUCUUUGGAAAAAGGAAGAAGUUGCAUUCUAUUCCAAGUGUAUCCACAGGAAAGACUGCUGGGACGGAAAGUUCUUCAUUAGAAUCUACCAGAAAUGCACACAAAUCGGGAGCAGCAAAAGACAAUGUGGUUGGUGAGGAUGAGGAAUAUCGCUCUGCCCCUCUAACCUCUAAGCACCAAUACAAGAAGUUCACAUUUGAAGAUGAGGAGGAUGUUGGUUCAGAAACAACAAAACAAGAUAUAGACGAUCCGUUAGCAGGGAUUUUAACAGAUGAAGAAGAUGAGCCAAAGAAACCGAAAAAAGUGGUGGUAUCAGGACAGAAACGUAGCCCUUUAAAGUUUGAUCUGCAGCCACAGAAAGAGGAAAAAGUGCCCUCCAGUUCUGCUUCUGUUUCAGCUGUAACCACAUCAAAGAAGAAGGACGAAUUGUUCUUUGAUGAUGAAGGCGACGACUUUAUUGAUGCACUUGGAUUUGGUGAUAGUCCAAAAAUACACAAGGCAGAGCAAAACCUGGAGGAUGAGACACCCCGUCCUGCUCGCUCAAAGAUGGAUGAACUGUUGGGGAGAGGAACAGCUAAGAAACUACUUGAGCGACCUACAACUGGAGAAAGAAAAGAAUUUAAACUAGAUCCAAAAUACAAAAAAACACAAGAAAAAGAAGACUUAUUAGAUGACUUCACCUUUGGUUCCUAUCAGCCCACUGUGGCCACUACCCCAGAGGAUCGUCAGUCCAGGCGUCAGUCAGUGAGAUUUAGCCCUGAGGGUGAUCGAAACUCGAUCGUUGAUCAGAAGCCCAACGAGACCACACCGACACCGAUGACUCCAACAUCGGCCCGUGGAAACAAAGGGGCUGCCGAUUGGCUGGGGCUGAAAGAUGAUGUAACUCCUGAUCUAGAUAAUCAAAUGCCAAUCAAAGAUGAGCAGAAAGGAAUGUUGUACAAAGCGAAGUCCGAUUCAAACCUUCCAGCCAGCCAGAACCACAGCAAGAGGCCUUACUCAGCCGAUCGUCCCCCAUCCGCAUCAAAACCGAAUGACGAGACACUGGUCAGAUCUGCACCAUCCACAUCAAAAACAGACUUCGCUGGUGCAGAAGAAGGUGAUUGGCUAAAGGAGGCAUUAGCUCGAAAGAAGUCUCAAACCACAGAAUUCCAUGCCUUGGCAUCAAGUAAUGAAAUUGAUGUGGUGACGAACUCAUGUCGAAAGAGUGGAUCACCUGGUGCACGUGAGCAGUCCAUUAUCGCCACAGUGAAGGAACCUGCAACUGAGAGUAAUCCUGUGGAACCUAGGGGCACCAGCUCCCCAUUUCUAUGGGAGAAUGCACGCAAACAGGCUGCUUCUGCACAUGUGACCCACAUAUGGAAAAACUCGGGUAAUGCCGAAAUGGCAGAUAUGGUUGCACCUUCACAAGUUCCAAAAGAUGACCAACUAUCUGCUUUACAGGUACCCCUCUCCACUGAUCAACUGCAAAAGUUGCUUCAGUUGCAGCUGCUUCAGUCAGUUUCUGGGGGACGAGAUGUUGCCAUGGAUCUGCCAAAGGCCAUGGAGUUAGAGAGCAGACUGACGGCUGUGCAGAAACAGCUGAAGAGUACAGAAGCUGAACAACGGAUAGUCCUGCAGACUACUGAGGUCAAAAUCAUCGAGCUGGAGAGUAAGGUGCAAAAACUGGAACUGGAGCGAGAGCAACAACGAAUCCUACUGGACAGCCUCCAGCAGCAGCACAGCAACGACUUGGAGCUGAUUGAGAAUGCACACAGGAACCGCUUGAAGGUAAUUGAAGAAUCUUACCAGCAGCGGGAGGCUCGACUCCAAGAAGAGAACCGAAUUCUCUCUGAGCAGUCUGUCGCCCGACAAUUGAGCUUGGAUCGAGAGAGAUCAGAGCUGAUUUCCCGGUACCAGCGCAAACUCACUGAGUUUGAGGAAGAGAAAGCCAAGGAGAAGGAGCGACUCAGGGAACUACAGCGUCAGUCAAUCCUGGAUAUGCGAAAGGAACAUGAGGAGCAGCUGCAGUAUGUAAAACAAUUGAAGGAACAAGAGAUUGAUGCGGUGACCAGUGCUUCCUCACAUACAAGGUCACUCAAUAAUAUCAUUGAACAGAUGGGGGUCUUCUCUUCAAAGCUGAAUGACCUGUCCUAUAAAGUAGAAAGCACCCACCAGAGCACGUCCCAUGAGAUGGAGAUCAGUGCAAGACAACGAGAGGAGCAGCAGCGAGCACAGCAGGAUAGACUGUUGCGGCAGCAGAGAGACCUGGAGGAAGAGAAAGCCCGCUUACAGGAUUUUAUCACCAAGAUGGAGGUCAGAUUGAAUGAACAAACACGACUUCUUGAGAAGGGGGCACUUGCAUCCAUGAUUGGACAUAUGUAGCAUUGCUGGAGUUCACUUUCAUUUUUGGGAG